AUGUCGAUGGAGUCCUCUUUCAACGCCGUAGAGCUCCGGGAGCUGCGGGGCGGAGGAGGCCGGCGAGGCGAGUCCCCGACGCCGGCCUCAGCGCCCUGGACAGCGGCCACGGUGGGCUGCGCCGCCCGGGGCUUCGAGAACGCCUCCUACCAGCAGGAUGAUGAGCAGGACCACCAGCAGCAGGGGGCGCCAUUGUCGGCAGGUUGUCAACCCUCAACUUCAGGCAGUGUGAAGGGUGAGCAGCUGCAUCAGGAGCUCCCUCCGCGGCCAUAUGAUGAAGAGGAAGGAGGUGGAGGGCAGGAGGACGGCCAGGACUUCGCCGAGUUCAACCCCGCUGACGACCACUCGGCGGACUACGGCUUCAUCUUUGCUCUGGUGUUCCUGGUGAGCGGAAUCGUCCUGGUGGUCAUCGCCUACACCAUCCCCCGAGAGGCCAAAGUCAACCCGGACUCCGUGUCGGCCCGCCAGAUGGAGAAGCUGGAGAUGUACUACGCUCAGCUGGGCUCCCACCUGGACAAGUGCAUCAUCGCGGGCCUGGGCCUGCUGACCCUGGGGGGGAUGUUCCUGUCUGUGCUGCUCAUGGUGUCCAUCUGCCGGGGCGAGAUGUACCGACGCAGGGCGGCAUUUGUUCGACCCAAGAGGACUUACGGCUCCAUCAACCUGAUGAUGAAGCAGCUGGCGACCGGAGAGGCAGGAGGAGGCGAGGGCGGGGACGGAGGUGAGGAGUUUUUGGUGGAACAUGCUGACACGCGGGACUCCAAAUCAGAACCAGGACCAGGCAGGCACCCUCCUCCAGCUGCUUCCUCCUCUUCUUCUUCUUCAGCUGCCGCACAUGGAGUCGACUAG